AUGAGGAUUGACAAUGGAACCGCUGGUUUUACAGGCUAUGGACCUUCUUCAAUGGCUAUAGUGGAAAGGGGAAACUGCUGCAAAUGGCAAGGAGUUGAGUGCCGCAACAUAUCCAGCCCUACCCAUGUCAUCAAACUCGACCUCCAUGGUUCGUUUUCAUGGUUGAGUGGGCAUAUAGACCCAGCCUUGGUAAAGUUGAAACAUUUGUCUUUCCUCAAUUUAAGUGGUAAUGACUUUUCUUUGAGUCCUAUAUCAGAGUUCUUGGGUUCUUUGACUGAACUCAAAACUCUAGACCUGUCUUUUGUGAGAUUUGGAGGCAAGAUUCCUCCUCCACUGGGGAAUCUCACAAAACUCCGACAUCUUGAACUUUCUAAUUUUUUUUUGAGUGUGGACAACCUUGAAUGGCUUACUAAUCUCUCUGCAUUACAACUCCUUAAACUGAAUACAGUAAACCUUUCAAUGUUGUUUUCAUUGAAAAGUGCUUCUCCAAAACCGUUUGUGAGCUUGAAGAUUUUUGGGAAAAAGAUGGAGCAAGGCUUUGGAAGACCUGAGAACAGGAAGAAGCUCAAUAGAACUCUCUUCUCCCCUGAUCUCACUGAUAAGGAACUCAAAAUUGCGGAUGAGGGGAGAAAAUCAAAUGGGUUUCUUGGGGAUGGGGGUUUUCAGGAGUAUGAAGAUUAUAAAAUUUUCAGGAACAUGAAGAUUAGGUUUCUAAGCUUGAGUGGGCAUAUAGACCCAGCCUUGGCAGAGCUCAAACAUUUGUCUUUCCUCGACUUAAGCCGUAAUGACUUCUCUUUGAAUCCUAUACCAGAGUUCUUGGGUUCUUUGGCUGAGAUUUGGAGGUUGAUCCUUGGGCUUCCUCUUCUCACUCAAGUGGAAGCACAGCUCUGCAAUCUCUUAGACUCCAUCCCAACCCCUCAUUUACCAAACUCUACUUCACUUCGUUACUUCGAUGCGUCCAAUAAUAAUAUUACGGGAAACAUCCCGUCUUCAUUGGGAAACAUGGAAGGGCUGUGUGUCCUUGAUCUCUCAGGAAAUGAUCUUUCAGGAAAUAUACCGCCGAGCUUAGGAAAUUGUUCAAACAUGGAAUUCUUGAAUUUGAAUGAUAAUGAGUUAUUCGAAAGCUUAGAGUUAUUCGGAAGCUUAGUGUCUUCACUGGUGGCUCUUGAAGAACUUGCUACGCUAGAGUCGGCAAAUAACCGGUUAUUAGGAGAAAUCCCUCACGCGUUGAAAAACUGGUCUUCAUUGGAAAGUUUGGAUCUAGUUGUAAUGAGUUCACAGGAAAAAUUCCUUCAUAAAUAUCUUAACCUAAGAUCAAACAAAUUCGUUGGGAGAUCGACCCAAGCACUGAUACAAUUGAGUUUUCUUCAAGUUUUGGAUCUUAGUGGAAAUAGGUUAUUAGGAACCAUACCUAAGAGUUUUGGAAAUUUCACAACCAUGAGGAUUGCUAUAGUAUACAAUGAUCAUAAGUGCUAUGGAUAUCUAUCAAAUGAGAAAAUGGAAGGUUUGGAUGUGGUAGCAGAAGGGCAAAUACUUGAAUAUAGCAUGACUUUGUCUUUGGAAAAAAGCAUAGACCUUUCAAGAUACCAUUUAGAGGGAGAAAUUCCUGAAGAAUUAACAAGCUUGUUGGGAUUGGUCUUCUUGAAUUUGUCGAAAAACCAUUUAAGUGGAGUCAUUCCGGAAAAGAUCGCGAAGUUGAAGGAAUUACAGUUGUUAGACCUUUCAAACAAUCAACUCUCCGGGCUCAUCCCUCCAAGCAUUUCAUCCAUGACUUCUUUAAGUGCUCUAAACUUAUCCAACAACAAUUUGUCGGGACAAAUCCCCACAGGAAACCAAAUGAAAACAUUUAGCACAUCCAUAUACUCCGAGAACCCAUACUUAUGUCUACCUCCCCCCAUCCAAGGCUCUGAGGGCAAACUUGAACCUCCUCCCUUUGUUGAUCGUAUUGAAAGAAGCAGGAACAAAUUUGAAUUCCCAUGGCUUGAUAUGAGCAUUGGAUUGAGAUUCAGAGUAGGAUUUGGGGGAAACAUUCUUCUGCUGUUCUUAAGGAAGUCCUGGACUGAUGCAUGUUUUCGUUACAUGGAUAAAAUCGUAGUUAUAUUGCUGCGGUUUUCCAAGUGA